AUGAUACUGCUGAUAGCUGUGAUUGUCUAUCAAUUAUCAACGAACAUGGCCACGGUUUUUGAGAGUCCAUUUCUUUCAAACAGACUCCGGCAAAUUGAAGAACGUUACGAGGAACCAGCAACAUUUGGCAGAUGUGAUUGCACAAGUUAUAGUUAUCUAGCUCUCAGCGUUGUAUUAUUUACAAUUGGUACUGCUGUUACUAUUUUAUCACUGGGCGAUGCCGUUGAUGGUCAGAUAUUUUCAAACCUUGGUCACAUGUGGCUUGUGGGGCCUAUUUUUAUUUGCUCCGGUCUGAUGGUUGCUGUUAAAUGUAUUCUUUAUUUGAGAAGAAAGUCCGUCAUACAAAUGAUUAUUCAUCAGCGCCAACUAUUUCGACGUUUGCAGGAACUGGCAAGUGCACAAGGAGUCGGUGGAUCGGGAGCUGGGACACCUGGUCCGCCGCCUUAUGAUUCAAUAGCCCAAGGACAAGGACCAAGUGAACUGCCACCGCCAACUUACGCCGAAGCUGUUGCACUCUUGCAUCAAAGUGAAAUUCACGGUGCUAAAUUCUCGAGUGAUACACAAGCAGACAGUGGUCUUUUAUCAGUGGGAACAACUCGAGCCAAACCUUAA